AUUCCAUGGCAUGACCCGUGUGUCCAAUUAGUUGGAAAGCCCCUCCCGGCCCCCAUCUCUCUUUCGUAUAAAUAGAGAAAGUUGAUGCAGUUGAAUUGAAGACGAGUGAUCGAGUUGUACUGAGAUCAUUCAUGGGAAAAGGAAGAGCACCGUGUUGUGAUAAGAGUCAAGUGAAAAGGGGCCCUUGGAGCCCUUCUGAGGACUUGAGGCUCAUCACUUUCAUUCAGAAGCAUGGCCAUGAUAACUGGAGGGCUCUUCCUAAGCAAGCUGGACUGCUGCGAUGCGGAAAAAGCUGCCGUUUGAGAUGGAUCAAUUACCUCCGCCCUGACUUGAAGCGAGGGAACUUUACGAAAGAGGAAGAGGAGACCAUAAUAAAAUUACACGAAGCUUUGGGUAACAAGUGGUCCAAAAUUGCUAAUCAUUUUCCGGGAAGAACGGAUAAUGAAAUUAAGAAUGUGUGGAACACUCAUUUGAAGAAAAGAUGGUCUUUCAAAGAUGGAAACUCUCAUGGUGAGGAGCUAUCCUCCAUAACCUCCUCAUCCUCGUCUUCAUCUACUUCAUUUACGACAUGUGGGAAACAGAAUAUAGGAGUUGAGAAAGUUGAAGAUUCUCAGAGAGCAAAAGACCCGAGAGAAGAACAAACAAGUUGUUCUGUUUCUUCUUAUGAUUCAAACUCUAGUGGUGCAGUUGAGGUGCCAAUUAGGCCAGAGGAGCAAAUCAUGGAUUCACUGCUCCAGUAUGGAGGACCUUAUGAUGUGAAUAACAUGUUACAGGAGGUGAACAAACCAGGGCUAGAAAUCCCUCUGGAGGCGGAUGUUGACUUUUGGAACAUGUUAGAUGGCUUAGACUCUGUCCAAGUUGGUCAUGAUCAGGUGGAUGCUCGCGAAAGCUCAAAUUUUAUACAAGUUGAGAACAAAAAGUGGUUGUGUUACUUGGAAACUGAACUGGGAUUGGAUGCAAUGGGGGAAGAAAACAGGGAGGUUUUGACAAAGGAUGCAGUAGUGGCCCCAGAGAAUUUUCAGUGUCAGCCAGAAGACGUGGCUUAUUUUCCAAUGUGGCCAUCUUGGCCUCAUGAUCACAAUUCUGCAAGCAAAUAGGAAUUAUAUAUAUCAAAGUUGUGGUGUUCUAAUGAAGAGAGAGCAUGUCAAAAUUGACUUUUAUAGUAGCAUUCCUAACUUGAUAAUUAAGUUCAUUAGGAGUUGUUGAUUGUAGACUGAUCGAAGAUGUGGUGACUCUGAAAAAUCUCACAUCGAUCUGCAUGGUGGGUAGGUGAUAUAUAUUAAUAUAUAUAUAUACACCACAUUUUCUUGAU